AUGGUUAAAAAAAUUCAAGAUAUAUUAAAACAAAAAUUUAUUAAAAUUAAUACUAAAGAAGGAAGUGGUACUAUAAAAAUAUUUGGUGAUGCAUUAAAUCCUUCUAUACCUUAUAAAACAUUUCUUCUAUCGAUAGACGAUACAACAGAAUGGAUUGUUAAAGAAAUGCUUGAAAAAUAUGGAUUAAAACAUGAAGAUCCACAAAAUUAUUGUUUACUUCAAAUUAUUAUUCCACCACGUGAUCAAAUCGGUAAUACAACUAUUAAAGAAACCAUACUUCAUGAUAAAGAAUGUUUAUUAAAUAUUUAUUUAAAUCAUGUACAAAAAAAUCAAGGAUCAAUUAUAUUUAAAGUAAUUAAAUGUCCACAAGAAUAUAUUGAAAUUCGUAAACAACAUCGUACACAAGAAACAACUUUAGAUCUAAUUAAAAUUCCAUCAAUUCAAUCUCGAAUUAUUAAUAAUCAACUUCCCAUGUUUAUCGAAAUUAAUCAUGAUAGCACUGAUCUUUUAACACCUCGUGUAUUUAAACUUUAUCCAAAUACGACAUAUGUUGGUCAUAAUACAAAAUCAGCGAUUGGACAACAAUAUUUUUAUAUUGACGGUGCUGGUAUUGAUCGUGAUCAUUGUACAAUAGAAAAUCAAAAUGGUACUGUCACACUUAUUCCACAUGGGGAAAUAUGGAUCAAUGAAAAACUUAUUUCGACACCAUUUAUUCUUCAACAUGGAAUAGUAAUUCGUUUUGGACGAAAUUCAACAUUUUAUUAUUGUGAUCCACAAUUUGUUCAGAAAUCAAAAUUAAUCUCAGGACAAAGAAAACAACAAAAUGAAGAUAAUUUAUUUGUCUAUGGUUCUUUACCAAUAUUAUCAAUGAAUGGAAUAAAUAAAACGAAGAAUUUUCAAUCAAGUGCAUUACAUAUUCAACCAAAGAAAACAUUAUCAACUAAUGUUGUUGAACAAGGAACAAAAUUCAAUGUUUUACCGGGAUUAUUGGAAGUUCCUGUUGAAAGUGAAAUUCGAUUUCUUCAUGCUAUUUUUAAUAAUUAUCCAUUAAAUAAUAUUCAUUUUCGUUUAUCACCUGUAUACACACUUUAUAUGGCAUUACGAUAUCGUCUUUCACCAUAUGGAAAAUCGAAUGUACCGUUUGUAAAAAAAUUAGAAAGUGUUAUUUCAUUACUCUAUCAUAUUGAAAAUAUGAUAAAUAAAAAAAUUGAAGAAUGUCAAGAACAUGGUGGUUAUCUUGCUUAUUGGUUAGCAAAUAUAUCAGAAUUUCUUUAUUUUUUAAAACACGAUCGAGAUUUAUCAAAAAUUUCUCAUGAUAUACAAGUUCGUUUAAUUAAAUCUAUUCAACGUUUAUUUUAUUAUUUAAUAAAUUGUUUUAAAAAUGAAUUAGAUAAAUAUUUAAUUGCAUUUACUAAUCUACAGGAUGAUAUUGAACAUAAUAUUCAUAUGACAUUGAAUAAUUCGAAAGUUUUAGAAGAAAAUAAUUUAAUAAAUUUAAAAUUGUCUGAUACACGUUGGAUAACAAUUGAUAGAAAUACAAAUCAAUAUCAUCAAUCAACAUUAGAUGAUAUACUUUUAACAUUUUCAUCAAUAAUGAAUUUAUUACGUAAAUGUCGUGUAAAUGUUGCAUUAACAAUUCAAAUAUUUUCACAAAUAUUUUAUUAUAUAAAUACAUGGUUAUUUAAUCGUAUUGUUUGUUGUCCAGAUUUAAAAUUAUGUUCAUAUAUUUGGGGAGAAAAAUUAUUAUUUCGAUUAAAAUCUAUUAAUGAUUGGGCAGAAAAACAAGGUUUAGAAUUAACAUCAGAAUGUCAUUUAAUGAAAGUUAAUCAAUUAUGUCUAUUAUUAAAAAGUUCAAAAAAUAAUAUACAUGAUAUACAACAGUUAUUAAUGAAUGAAACAUUGAAAAUUAAUUCAAUACAAAUAAUACAAAUAUUAAAUAAUUAUAUCUUAAGUAGAAAUGAACCACCGAUUUCAAAUAGUUUUCGUGAAGCUCUUCUUUCUGUUGCUUAUAAACAUGUUGAUGAAAAUUUACAUCGUAAAGGUUUUCUAAUUCAAUUAGCUGAAGAACCUAAUUUAACAUUACCAUUUUUAUUUCCGGAAGAUGGUUAUACAUGUGAACAUUUACGUGGUAUACCAGAAAAAUUAUUUGAAUUUAUUGAACCUAUGAGUCGAUUAGUAUUAUGUCGUUUAUUUACAAAUUCAUAUAGUCUUGGAUUAUGGACUGAAUUUUUACAAAUAUCAAAAAUUGAAAAUAAUAAUAAAGAUAAUGAUAAAAUAGAAACGAUUAUAUUAAAUAAAAAAGGAAAUAAUCUUGGUUUAAGUAUUGUUUCAGCAAAAAGUGAAUCUCAACAAUUUCAAGGUGUUUAUAUAAAAGGUAUUAUAUCUGGUAGUGCAGCAGAAGAUGAUGGACGUCUUCAACCAGGUGAUCAAAUCCUUUGUGUUGAUGAAAUUGGUCUUAUUAAUAAAACACAAGAACAAGCUGCCGAAGCACUUAAACAAUGUGGACCUUCUGUUACCUUACAAAUACGAAAAAAUGCAGCUAAUAGUCAUGGUCUUUCAACUCUACUUACAACAUCAUCGGAUAAUCAUGAUGAAUUUAAUCGUUUUUAUUCAGCAUCAAAUUCUUCAUUAACAUCAUUACAAUAUCCACAUUCGACACUUGCAUUAAAGACUACAAAUAAUCAUGAACGAUUAUCAACUGUCCAACAACAAUUAACUACUCAUAUUCACCAUGGUCAAUUUAAUUCAUUAGUAACUCAACCUUGUAUAAAAAAAGAAUUAUUACCUCAUGAAAUAAUUAAUCAUCAACAACGAUUAAUACUAUCAUCACGUUUAAAUCAAAAUGAUCAAAUAAAUUCUCAUAUACCACAACAAUAUCAAUCGAGUCCAAGUAUUUUUAAUUCAAAACAAUCAAAUGAACAAAAAUUAAAUAUUUAUGACAAUAAUUUUCAACUAACAAAUUCUAUUCGAUUAAAUAAUCACACACAAUCAUUGACUAAUCGAAAUGUAUCUACAGUUAAAUCAGUAGCCUUUCAAGAAAACAUUCCAUUAGAUCAAAAUGAAAAUUAUCGAAUAAAAUCAGCGAUACCACCUAAAACAUUACCAAAACCAACAAUUAAUUAUCUUGCAUUAAUAAAACAAACUAAUUCAACAAAUGAUCUUGAUAACAGUAAUAGAUUAUCAAAAACAAGUUUAUCUUCAACAUACGAUCAUUUAGCUUCACCAAUGCGAAAACUUCAAGCUGAAGAAGAAGAAGAAAAACUAACAAAAUUCGCAAAUACAAAUGAAGAUAAUAUAAGUGAAAUACGAUCAAAACGUAUUAAUGAUUUAAUAACUAAACUGAAUCGUACCGAACAAGAAGAAAAAGAAUUAAAUAGUUUAAAAUUAGACAAUGAAUUUGAUUGUCGUGUUGAAGAAUUUUAUUCUCAAUUAAAAUUCAACAAUAAUCAAAAGAUUUCUUCUCGAUUAGAAAAUAGUACAAAUGAAACGAAUCAAUUUGAUGAAAAAUUGAAACGUCGUUUAGAACAAUUUGAACAAGAACGACAAAUCGAACGAGCAAAUAUUAAUCGAAUGUUUACUAAACAUAAACUUGACACCGAAGCACGUUUACGUAAAGAGCGCGAACGUGAGAUUCGUGCUGAUCGUGAUAUGCAAGAAUUUAAAACUCGACGAAUGUCAGAAGACGAACGAAUACUUGAAGCUAAAAAAGAACAAGCUCGAUUAUUAAAGCAUAUUCGUUUUCCUAAUUCAAGAAUCAAAGAUGAUCAAUUAUCAACUAUUGAUGAUGAUGAACAUAUAACCAGUGAAUUCGAUUCAAAUAAUAAUAAUUCAUUUCUUCAACAAAGUUCAUCUAUUUUUGACGAUCAAGAACUUUAUAUCGAUCCAUGUUAA